GAGAGCAAGUUUCUCUGACUGACGUGAUCAGGGAAGAAGACACAACAUCCAGAACACUUGCUGUUGUCGUUCAGUCUCUUUGCUGCAUUUAGAGACAUUUCACUUCAGGAUCCUGCGGAAUUAAUGCCAGGUUCUUCAAGAUGCUCCAGCAAUAACAUGGACGAACAGCGACUAUCUGACUAGUGUAAAACCCUUCAAUAACACCCUGCUAAAGUAGAGGAUCAGCUCCUGAAACUGACUCUGCGUUCACACUUCCGCUGGAUCUAACACUGAUCCGAGUAUCUUUUGAGGGACACUAGGCCUCUUUGUGUUGAUACAUCAUGGCCAAAGUGCAGGUGCUGAAUGUGGCUGUUCUGGACAAUCCGAGUCCUUUUGGAAACCCCUUUCAGUUCGAGAUCACCUUUGAGUGCAUGGAAGAUCUCCCUGAAGAUCUAGAGUGGAAGAUCAUCUACGUGGGCUCUGCGGAGAGUGAGGAGUACGACCAGGUUCUAGACUCGGUUCUGGUCGGCCCGGUUCCUGCAGGCAGACACAUGUUCGUGUUUCAGGCGGAUGCUCCAAACACAGGACUGAUCCCUGAGAGUGACGCAGUGGGCGUGACCGUCGUGCUGAUCACAUGCACAUAUCGCGGACAAGAAUUCAUUCGCAUUGGCUACUAUGUGAACAAUGAGUAUACGGACCCUGAGCUGCGGGAAAAUCCACCAGUCAAGCCAAACUACACACAGCUGCAGAGGAACAUCUUGGCAUCAAACCCUCGAGUGACCCGUUUCCACAUCAACUGGGAAGCAACGGUGGACAAGAUGGAAGAUUCGGAGAAUGUUGAUCCCGCCCCCAACACCAUGCUCCCGCCCACCUCCAUGCCUGGCAAAGCCCCGCCCCUCGGACUCAUGCCUGACAACUCCAUGGACUGCUUAUAGAGUGCACACGUACACACUCCCAUACAUUUGGUUAUAAAUAAACAAAUAAACAUACUGUUUUAUAUUUACACACCUGAAUGUGCAUACAGUUGGACAGUCAGUGUGUAAGGGUGUAAUUCAACAACAUGUACACGUUCACAUAUAUUCACCUGGCACUUAUUGGUCUGUUACCAUACCUGAACUGGCGUCUUCUCGCACUUCCCAUCCUGGACCGGGGAUGGCACCUGCAGCACCAGCGGACAUGAACUGUUUUCUUCAUCUGUCCACUGUUUUUCUAAUGGAGGAUCCAUGAACCCCAAAAUUCAAAUGAAAUUUGAUUUCGCCCAUUUUAGGCCAUUGUGACAGUAUUCUCGUAACAAUAAAGCGCAUUGUCCUCUUCAGUUGUCAUUACCGUUAAGCAAAAAAUAGAUAUUAAAUUGUGAAGUAUUUAUAUGUCAUGGCAGUAUUGGUUGUACUUCCUUUAAUCUAUGCUGAUUUUUUACAUUGGAGUAAUUUUAAUGUAAUACAGUAUUACUGAAAUGUAUAACAGUAAUGAGAAUCGCUAAUGGAAAUGUGGUUAAUUGUCAUGACAAUGAUGUCACAAUGCAACAAGAUUCACUCAGUGAUGUAUUUCAGUCUGAAACCAUCAAGCAACUUUUCUGGGUGGAUAUUGUAUAACUUGGGAUCAUUUUUGGUACGUCACAAUUCCAAUUCUGUUUCUGUCCAAGUAGGAAACGCCAGGGCUUGUUGUAAUGUGACAUUAUUCUUAUUAUUUUAUUAAAGUCAUUUUUGACCUAUCCUGUA